AGGUGGGCAUAUUCUGCGUAGCCUGGUGUCACUGUAUGGUAUGAUACAUUGGCUGUUGCAAUAUGAUUAUCAGCUGAGUGCCUUUGUCUUGUAUGUAGUGGAGCUGUGUUUGUUGUCUUUUAAUGGCAGGUUAUUAUUUUUUUAAAACAAAUUGCUACUAAAGACUCGUUUUAGAGUACUUAAACUAGGCGAAGGUGUUUAUAUACAUAUUUCUUUAUACGUAAUUGACCGUAGUCGCGGCGUAGACAGUGUUAUUGUACAACUGCUGUAGCCGGGGGAGGUUUGCUGGGUCUUGUCACGAUAAUUCAGUGCUAUUUCGUUUGUGUAACAGUGUGCUUUUAUCGCGCUACCAGCAGAGUGAAUUUGCGGAUGCCGCGCAGCUAAAUUAAACAUAGGACGGCAUUAUAAAUUAAUGAGCGCCAGUCAGUACACACACAAACACACGCAAGCUCUAGAAUUCAGCCUCCUUCGCAAGAAAUGAAAAUCAAGGAUGCCAAAAAACCAUCCUUCCCCUGGUUCGGCAUGGACAUCGGCGGGACGCUGGUGAAGCUGGUGUACUUCGAGCCCAUCGACAUCUCGGCAGAGGAGGAGCAGGAGGAGGUAGAGAGCCUGAAGAGUAUCCGCAAGUACCUGACCUCCAACGUGGCGUACGGCUCGACGGGCAUCCGCGACACCCACCUGGAGCUCAAGAACCACACCCUGCUGGGGCGCCGUGGCAACCUGCACUUCAUCCGCUUCCCCACCCACGACCUGCCCACCUUCAUCCAGAUGGGCCACGACAAGAACUUCUCCACCCUGCACACCGUGCUCUGCGCCACCGGCGGAGGGGCCUACAAGUUUGAGCAGGAGUUCCGCACGAUUGGAAACCUGCAGUUGCACAAAAAAGACGAGCUGGACUGCCUGGUUAAAGGUCUUCUCUACAUCGACUCCCCCAGUUUCAAUGGCCAGGCUGAGUGCUACUACUACGAGAACGCCAUGGAACCGGAGAAGUGCCGGAAGAUGCCUUAUAACCUGGAGGACCCCUACCCCCUGCUGGUGGUCAACAUUGGCUCGGGGGUCAGCAUCCUGGCUGUGUACUCCAAAGACAACUACAAGAGGGUGUCUGGAACCAGUCUAGGAGGAGGGACUUUCUUGGGCCUGUGCAGCUUGCUGACAGGUUGUGACAGUUUUGAGGAGGCCCUAGAGAUGGCUUCAAAGGGGGACAGCACCCGCGCGGACAAGCUGGUGAAGGAUAUUUACGGCGGGCACUAUGAACGGUUCGACCUGCCAGGAUGGGCUGUGGCUUCCAGCUUCGGAAACAUGAUCCACAAAGAGAAGCGAGAGGCCGUCAGUAAAGAGGACUUGGCAAGAGCUACCUUGGUGACCAUCACCAACAACAUUGGCUGGAUAGCAAAGAUGUGCGCUGUGAGCGAGAAAAUAGACCGAGUGGUCUUUGUCGGCAACUUCUUGCGUGUGAACACCCUGUCGAUGAAGCUCCUGUCCGACGCACUGAAAUACUGGUCACAUGGGCAGCAGGAGGCGCUGUUCCUUGAACACGAGGGCUACUUUGGGGCAGUGGGUGCCCUCCUUGGUCUGCUUGACGUCGACUAGAGCCCCUGCCCCCUGCUCAUCCGCUGCAUGGGGACGGUGAGGUAACCUCCGACUGGAAACCCAAGCACUGCGAAAGAAGCUUUUAAAUAGGAAUUCGUGGAGGGAGCCAGAGAUGACAGGUUUCCUGUAAUGUAUAGUGAGACUUUCGUUUAUUUGCAACAACAACAAAAUCAAUACCUACCUGCAGUUUGUUUUUGGGUCCAAUUUGAUUAGCGGUCAGUAUAAUAAGUUACUGACUGCUGCUCUGCAACCUCUGACUCAUGUGCUGAUGAAACCUGUAAGCCCCUUAGAUACUCUACAGUAUAGGACAGCAGAGGAGGAAAAGGGGCAGAAUGUCUAUACUGUAUAUUAGCGAAAUAGUUAGGUUUGUACUAUGAGGUGACACAUAUAAGAAACUCAAAUAGGCAAAUGUACACAAUGAUGAAGGAAACGCUUGAAUACUUGACUCAUCUAUUUUUUUGUGACAUCUGUAUUAUCCACAUGCAGAGAGAUUAAGGUGAACAUGUAUUUUUUUAUCAUUUAGAUUUAAAAAAAGAAAUCAUCCUUUUUUCUGUGAUUGUUUAUAAUGCAGGUGUGUAUGUAUGUGUGUGUGUGUGUAUAUAUAUAUAUAUAUAUAUAUAUAUAUAUAUAUAUAUAUAUACUCUAGCAAAUAUGCAAUUAAGAUCUGCAAAUCUAGCUUUUGCUGCCAUUUCAGCCAUCUUGACGACAUGCAGCAGUAACAGCAGUCUACAAACUUGAACAGCGCAGACAUGUUCAAUAUCUUUAUGUUUAAUUAACUCCUUUUUUUUUUUUUUUUGAUGGAGAAAAACUCCUGUUACACAACUGAAACUAAACAACUAGGUUAUUCUAAUUCACUGGGCCAUACUCACAACGCAUAUAUAUAUAUAUAUAUCAGUACCUAUUUACCCAACGCUCAGUUGCCCAAAAACGCCCACAAAUGAAUAUAUAUAUAUAUAUAUAUAUAUAUAUAUAUAUAUAUAUAUAUAUAUUAUAACACCUUCAUCACUUCUUGUGAAUAAUGUAAAAAGCUCAGGUGGUAUACAUUGCUAAGUAAUUGUAAAGCUGUUUUUGUCAUUUUGAAUAUAUGUUUUUUAAUCUAUGCGUGUAUUAUAUGUUUCUUGUAACACACACGUCUUGCCUCUUAGUCUUGCGUGAAUCUGCAUUGGUCUCAUUGUCUUUCAGAGUAAUGUUUGAUUUGGUUGCUUUUAAUUUGAGGUUUGUAAUUGGCAUGAUUAGUCAUUCCAGUAUGGAUAUAUAUACAGCAGCCACUGGGUUGUACCGCACAAGUUUUCAACACUGCUGUAAAAUAUUGAAGUACAAGUUACACUGCCUGCAUUCCGUGGUAUUGACAGUUCAAGCAAACGCCGACAGCUGUCAAUCUACUGUUAUUGAAACUGUAAAUACAGCAUGUGUAGCUGUACGGUAUUGUUCUUAAAGUUCGCCAUUACGCCUUCUACAUCAUUGUGCUUUAAACAGUUUUAUCGGAAGGACCUGAACCAGCCAGUGUUUUAUCGGUUUAUACAGAGCACAGGAAUACACUCGGGUCACAGUUCAACAGUCUGAGACCUCAGUGUUAUAAUAAGUCUUGAUUACUUAUUUUAUAAGUAGCAGUGUGGAUAUAAACCCACAGAUUAAAUGCAUGACGUAUCAGAGGAGUGGCAGACCACCUUCUUUUUCUUCUUUAUAUCCAUAUGACCUUUUCUGGUUUUUACUAAUAAUUUUUUCUGUAAAGCCUUUAAUCUGUGCUUGGACAUUCGCAGUGUAGAUGGGUUGUGUUUGUGCUUGAAACUUUUCAAAUCCUUGUGGCUUUUUACCUUAAUCUUCAUUUUCUGAAGUAGCCAGGCAGCUGUUCCGAUCCCCAGCUCUCAACACAUGCAAGUCCUCACACAUCUACCUCAUGUGAAGCCAUCCAGGUUCCUAUUAGAACUGUUCCACAUCAUUGCAGUUUAAUUUGUGGAAAAGCAGACAGUAUCUCAGAUGAACCAGCAGGGUGUGUGUGUUGCAUCAUACUACUGUAUGUUGUAGAUGUAAGAAACGCACAUUACACCCACUGGUGAGAGACAUGCUACUGGUUUGCUCUGGUGUACCUAAUGUACUUGGAACUUAGACAUGAUUCUGAGAGCUCUUGAGACAACCGGGGUGCUUUAACUCAAUUUGUCCCCCCCCCAAUCUCCUGUUGGACCCAACAAAGUGCUAUUUUUAGGUCAAAUGUCUUACCCCGUUUGACCAUUUGAAGCACUUUUUAAAAUUAUUUAAAUUUUUUUGUAACAUAUAUAUAUAUAUUCUUUUCUGAAACAUUAUAAACUGUCUCUUGCAUUUUAGCGCUCGCACUCUUUAAUUCUAAGUGUAGGCAGAAGCAGAUGUGUCAAAAGUUGUGUUGACAGACCCAACACAUUCACUAAAGAGUUAGUCUCUGCCUGUGUUCUGGCAUGCGGUUGCCUUGUGUUUUACUGUGUCUUUACAGUAUGGACUGUACUGAACAAUAACUCUGAAAUACUAAGUCUGGACCACUGUAACUUUGAGAAUGGCUGGGUAGUCUGUACACUGUAUUUUUUAACUUGAUGACUGACAAGUAUUUAAAUUCUACGUUAGCAUGUAAAUAAGAGAAAUGGUUGUUGUUGGGGAAGUGCCUGUACUAUUUGUGUAAAGGUUAAAAAAAAGAAGAAUGUUUUAAAGAGCCAAUCAAGUGUCUAAGUACUUGAUUUGUUUUCUUUUCUCGUUUGUGUUAACCCUUUACUGCCCAGGGUAUGUUCCCAUACCUAUUUGAAUGCCUAUGUUCCCAAUGUCAAAGGGUUAAAAUGUGCAUGGUGCCUCUCUAAAGCAGGCGUCCUGUUGCGUUCUCUUUGAGAGCAAGGGAGCCCAGUCACACCCCUAGGAUAGACAUUGUGUGAAGCUUGACUCCUGCACAGUAUUGCAUUGUACACCUCCACAUGUCCUCAACCAAUGCAGGCAAGAACAGUCAUGCAGUCUGUGCAUUAAGAUACACAUGGUCUCUAAAUAAGUCUUUUGUUUGCAUGCACUGUAUAAAAAGACAUCUAUUGCUGGAUUUUCUUGACUUUGGGUCUCAAAAUGACACCAGCCUCUUGAAUGUUGGUAAUAAUCCUUUAACCCUUUCAGGACCAGACUUUUUGUUUGCCUGCUGUCUGCAGUCCGUCAUGGAGGAUUGCUAAAGCAUUUUAAGAAGAAUUAAUCCCCCUUUCCACAGCAUUUACUUUGCAUUGGUCCCUCGCUAACUUUGCCAAAUAUUUUUACUCUGGCCUUCAUGGGAACUAUGUACAAUCUUCCGCAGGGUAAACUCCCCGGUCUAAACAGUUGAGACCCUGAGCCAGCAGUCUGGGAACGUGACUUUCGGAAGCACCCCAGAUAGUAACAGCAUCUCUCCUCUUGUGACGUUGUGUGAAAGAAAAAGAACUGUCACAUAAAAUUUAAAUGUUGAAAAGUAAUUACAAUAUUUGUUCAGGCAAUCACCUACUUACUAAGAGGCUCUCUGUCUGCUGUAUACUGUUUUCCAGACCAGCCAGUAUCUGGUUUGGGAGAGUAGCUGCUGCAUUUCUGCCAUUCUACCAGCAGGUUUCUCUCGUGGGCAAUGCUAUAUGAGAAGAUGUACAGCGUUGUGCGUACAUUUAACAUCCAACACCAGUGUAUCUUAGAAGAAUCUGUUUACAGUGUUUCCUUACAGCAAUUAAUACAAGUAUUUAUACAAUUACGUGGGCCAUUUUAAGUUGUGUACCAGAAUUUUAUCCAUCAGAUUCUAGUCGUAUCCGUACUUAAUUUCUGUAAACGAUAAUGGGACUGUGGUCUGGAUUAAAUCAAAAUUAUGCAGGAUCCAUCGCCAUUAUAAUAGCUAUAACAACACCAUAAACAAAGCCCAUGUGUUUCCAUUGCUUUAUUAUAUGGUCUCUUGAUGGUGGUGUUUCUUAACAUACCCCUACAAAUACCCAUUUGUGACCAGAAAGAAUCACAGGAGUUCUUGUAACUUAUAGAUGCCUGUCUGUACUGUGAAGCAAAUAGUGAACAAUGGUAAACAGUUGUAUUAUUAUUAUUAUUAUUAUUAUUAUUAUUAUUAUUAAUUUUACAGAAACACCAUUUCAGUACAAUAGUACAUCUGCUGUAGGUUGUUCAAACUGUUAACAAUUUGUUUUGUGUAAAUUGUUUGUAGCCAUUACAUUUUUAAUUGUUUUGUGUGAAUGUUGUGACUCUAUCGUUUUACUACACUGUGGCCAUACCAUGUCCUUCCCCUGGUCUGUGUAUUACUGGCAGUGUUUGCUGUGGGAUCCAUUUUAGGAUCUGAAUCAUUCCUACUUCUAAUCAUUGUACUGCUUUACAUUUUCUGCAAUAAAACAUUCAUGAAAUAAA